AUGGGUCGACGUCAGAAGAAGGUUGUCACUACCAGGGCCAAAGGCUCAUCCCAUCGCGAUGCAGAUGAGGAAGCACUUGAAGCUGCACUCCAAGAGUCACUCGAAUCGGACUUUAUGAUGGCAAUUCUCCACUCGGAAGAUCAGCAACGACGUCAACAAGAGGUUUCAAUUCAGGACAUUCGAGUGCAGCUUGGAACGGGGUCAAAUGACCAAAAAUUGGAGCAGAAACAGCAAAAAGAAGACAGUGGAGGCGACGAGGAAGAUGACGACGAUUUGAGGUCGUAUUGUCGUCAUUUUAGUGCUGGAGUAGCCAUACAAGAAGUGGAAGAAGAUGAGAAAGAGGAGGAAGAAGAAGAGGACCCUAAUGAAGACCAUAAGUUGCUGAACUUUGCCGAUAUUCUGCUCAUUGACAUCCUAAAGUGGCUCGACGAAGAUACUAUCGGAUUCUGCUCGUGUACGUGCAAAAGGCUGCUGCAUGUGGCUCGUUCGGAGGUGCUUUUUGAAGCAAUAUGUCGACGCAUCUUUCCAGUGCAGAACCCGAGAGCUGCGGUGGCGGUUGCACGCAACAACUUCAGGCUGCGUUGCUUCCCGACAUGGUUUGACAUGUUCCACGACAGACCGCGGGUGCGGUACAAUGGAUUUUAUUGGCUCAAGGUGGUGUACUACAAGAAGCCAGAGCUGAGCAUGUGGACAGAUAUUGUGCCGGGCACGAUCCUUAAGUGCAUUUACUACCGCUACUUCUCGUUUCAAAGGGAUGGUACCGUGCUGUAUGGCAUGCUCUUUAAAGCGCCACAUACUAUCGAGUCGCACAUUCGCAAUCGGCGCAAGGGUGUUUACUGUGGUAAAUUCUACGUUAACAAGGAUGAGCUAGUAGUGACGGUGCCCACAAAUUGCAACGAAGUCAACUUUAGACUGAAGAUCACGCAACGUGAGCGCGGCAAGAACGUGAAGUUGGUUUUAAAGGAGCAUUUUGCGCAUUCCGAGCCUGAUGGCAGCGGUUCGGUGAACUAUUACGAUACAGCGGGCGAGGAGUUCUACUACUAUCGUUCAUGGAAUCUUUGA